AUGGGCUUUAUCUCAAAUCCACCACAAUAUGACGCCAUCAUCGUCGGCAGUGGCUUUGGUGGCUUAUACACGCUUCACCAAAUGCGCAAACAGAACCUCAAAUGUCUAGUUAUUGACGAGGGUUCGGACAUAGGUGGAGUAUGGCAUUGGAACUGUUAUCCUGGUGCUCGGGUUGACACCAAAAUCCCUCUGUAUGAGUUUUCUGAUGAGAAUUUGUGGCGAGAUUGGGUGUGGACAGAGAAAUAUCCCGGAGCGGAUGAGAUUCGCCGGUACUUUGAACACGUCGAAUCUAAGCUUCAUUUGAAGAGGGACAUCCUGUUCUACACUCGUGUAAUUGCUGCCAGUUUCGACAACAAUCCUAGUCAGUGGACUGUGACGACAAAUGAUGAACAGAAGCGCACAGCUCGUUAUUUCGUUCUCGCAACCGGUUUUGCCGCGAAAGCGCUUAUACCCUCUUUCAAGAAUUUGGAGACCUUUGCAGGCCCUUGCUUUCACACUUCUCGGUGGCCACAGGAAAGAAUAAAUUGCAGUGGCAAGCGAGUCGGCAUUGUUGGCAACGGAUCGAGCGGGCUACAGGUCAUACAAGAGCUCGGCCCUGUGGUCGAACAUAUGACAGUGUUUCAGCGCAGUCCUACUUAUGCACUCCCCAUGCGACAGCGCCCAUUGUCUGUCGAAGAGCAAGACAAGUGUCGAUACGAAGCAAUUUACGAGCUUCGCAAACAUACAUUUGCUGGUCUCGAUACUGAAUUCAGCUUUUUGCCAGCCACUUCUGUGCCUUCCGAACAGCGCCAGGCAUUUUUUGAGGAAAUCUGGGAGGAAGGCGGCCUGUCAUUCUGGCUGGGGACCUACCGUGAUGUUAUCAUGAAUAAGGAUAUCAACAGGGAGGCUUACGAAUUUUGGCGGAAGAAAGUCUUGCCUCGCAUCAAGGACCCGAAGAAUGCCGAGCUGCUAGCACCGGAGGAGCCUCCGUACUAUUUCGGCACAAAGAGAGCAACCCUGGAGCAGUGUUACUACGAAGUUUACAAUCAAGAUAACGUUAAACUUGUUGACGCCAAGAAUAUACCGAUCGUUGAUGUGCGGCCGAACGGCGUCCUCACCGCGGACGGGCAAUUCCACGAACUCGACGUUCUCAUUCUGGCUACUGGAUUCGAUUCGGUGACAGGCGGUAUUCUCAAUAUCGACAUUCGUGGCCGCGAUGGUGCUUCCCUGCGGGAAAAAUGGAAGAAUGGCACCUGGACACAUCUCGGACUAAUGACAUCUGGAUUCCCAAAUAUGUUCUUUCUCUACGGGCCCCAGGGGCCGACUUCCUUCUGCAAUGGCCCUACAUGCGCCGAAGUUCAGGGUAACUGGAUCGUGCAAACUAUCAAAUAUCUUCGAUCUCAUGGCAAUAACGAACUUGAGCCAACUGCGCAAGCCGAGGAAAAGUGGAGAGGGCUCGUCAACCAAAUUGGAGAUGCUACGUUGCUGCCGGCAACGAAGUCGGAGUACAUGGGUACCAAUGUUCCUGGAAAGCCGAAGGAGAUGCUCAACUACCUAGGAGGCUUGACUGAAUACAUCAAGAAUAUCUCAAGCACAAUCACUUCGGGGUAUUCUGAUUUUUCUAUCAAUUAG